GAUUUUUUUUUCUUUUUUCGGUUUUCUUUUUCCUCUCCAGAUUUUUGUAUCCAGAUUUUUCUUUUCAGAUUAUGAUAACUGAUAUUUAUCAGGUGAAGAAUAAAGUGUCGAGAUUGGGAGGCGGCUUUUUAACGGCGGCGAAACGGGAACAAUCUCGGAAUUAUCCUCCGCCUCUGUUGAUUGUCAUUAGAAUUCUCGGCCGGCUGGGAGAGAGAAGAAAACAAAUCAAGAUUCAAGAAUGAUUUAGAUCCUGAGAAGAUACUUCAGGCCAUAGGGACAUGAUGAGGACAACAGUGACAAGCUUAACGCAGAAGAUGGUGGUAGCAUGGAGGAAGGAGUUUAAAAGGUGUAUGUCAUCAAUAGUGACAAGGGCCACAGGUAAGGACAAGCAGAGCUCCCAAAUUUUAGUGUCUCCACCUCUUGUCUCUCUGGACUUUCCUGAGAUCUGGGGAUCCAGCUCUGACCAUGAUAAUCCUCCAUCUGGCCAUGAAAUAUGUGGUCCACGGACUGCUGCAAUAAUUGAUGGGAAGUCAAUUGCAGAGGAAAUCAGGUUAGGAAUAGCUAGUGAAGUGAGGAGGAUGAAGGAAUAUACAGGGAGGGUUCCUGGUUUGGCUGUAAUUUUGGUUGGCCAGAGAAGGGACUCAGAGACUUACGUCCGCAACAAGAUGAAAGCUUGUGAAGAAACUGGAAUAAAUUCUUCCCUUGUUGAGUUGCCUGAUGAUUGUAAAGAGGAUGAAGUGAUUAAUGCUCUGUCACAUUUUAAUGAGGAUCCAUCAGUUAAUGGUGUACUGGUGCAGCUUCCUUUACCUGAGCACUUGGAUGAGGAGAAGAUUUUGAAUGUGGUGAGCCUGGAAAAAGAUGUUGAUGGCUUUCAUCCAGAAAGCAUGGGCAAUCUUGCCAUGAGAGGAAGGGAACCACUGUUCAUUUCCUGCACUCCAAAAGGCUGUAUUGAGUUGUUGAUCAGGUCUGGUGUGACAAUAACGGGAAAGAAGGCAGUGGUCAUUGGGAGAAGCAACAUUGUAGGGUUGCCUACAUCAUUGUUGUUGCAGAGGCACCAUGCGACUGUCAGCAUAGUACAUGCCUUAACAAAGAACCCUGAACAACUGACCAGCGAAGCUGACAUAGUAGUCACAGCUGCAGGGGUCCCUAAUCUGGUUCGUGGAUAUUGGCUAAAGCCUGGGGCAGUCGUCGUAGAUGUUGGAACAUGUCCUGUUGAGGACCCAACUGCUGAGUUAGGUUACCGUCUUGUGGGAGAUGUUUGCUUUGAAGAAGCAGUCAGGGUUGCAUCAGCUGUUACCCCUGUGCCUGGAGGAGUUGGACCCAUGACAAUUGCCAUGCUUUUAUCCAACACUCUUGAUUCUGCCAAGAGAGCGUAUGAGUUUACUUGACUGAGGUCCUGAUAAUUGUUUUUGCAGUGUUUUUCUCUUCUGGGCUUUUGUUACCAAAAUUUUCUCAUCAAAUUAUUCCAUUUCCAAUUCUUUGGAACUGGAAUUGUUUGUAUGUAUCUGAUACAAGAGAACUUCUAUUUUUUUCUUUUUCCCUAAAAGAAAUAUUUUCUGUUUAGCUUAGGUACACCAUUUUUCAGCAAAAGGAGGCAAGUUCUUUAACUAGACACUUAAUAUUAAUUCAUAAUUUCCAUAGCAAUAGUUGAAGAAAAGCCCCUUUUAAAU